AUGACUGUUCUGGAGAGCAUCAGGAAUUCCAGCAGGAAGGACAAGAUGAGAAAGUGUGCGGAGCCCCUCACUCACCCGGGCCGGCCGCGGAGCCGGUCCCCGCCGCGCUGCUGGGCCAGAUCCAACCCGUACCAAACUGACCUGCUUCGGGACGGCGUACGUAGAUACCUGCAGCUGCCGGCAGACCAGACGGUACUGAUACUGCAUGCAAAAGUCGCACAAAAGUCAUACGGCAAUGAAAAGAGGUUUUUCUGCCCCCCACCCUGUGUUUACCUGACUGGGCCAGGGUGGAAGUUGAAGCAGGAGCAGAUCAAAGCCAGGGACCUGGGAGAGGCCGGAUCCCGGGUGUGCGGGUACAUGGGGCUGGACAGCAUGGGCAGCAGCCUCACGGAGACGCAGAAGCUCAGCUUCGAGGAGCAGCUGGACUCCAAGGGCUUCGGCUGCGCCAAAGCGCUCUACAUCUCGGACGCGGACAAGCGCAAGCAUUUCCGCCUGGUCCUGAAGCUCUUCUUCAGCAACGGGCAGGAGAUCGGCACCUUCCACAGCAAGCUCAUCAAAGUCAUCUCCAAGCCCUCGCAGAAGAAGCAGUCGCUGAAGAACACGGACUUGUGCAUCUCCUCGGGCUCCAAAGUCUCCCUCUUCAACCGCCUGCGCUCCCAGACCGUCAGCACCCGCUACCUCUUUGUCGAGGGGGGAGCCUUCAUCGCCAGCGCCAGGCAGUGGGCAGCCUUCACCCUCCACCUGGCCGACGAGCGCUGCACCCGGAGCGAGUUCCCGCUGAGGGAAGGGUACAUCCGCUACGGCUCGGUGGUCCAGCUCAUCUGCACGGCUACCGGCAUCGCUCUGCCUCCCCUGAUCAUCCGCAAGGUCACCAAGCAGUGCGCCAUGCUGGACGUGGACGAGCCCAUCUCCCAGCUCCACAAGUGCGCCUUCCAGCUGCAGGGCACCGACCGCAUGUACCUGUGCCUCUCCACGGAGAAAGUGAUCCAGUUCCAGGCCUCCCCCUGCCCGAAGGAAGCGAACCGGGAGCUGCUGAACGAUGGCUCCUGCUGGACCAUCAUCGGCACGGAGACGGUGGAGUACACCUUCAGCGAGAGCCUGCCCUGCGCCCGGGAGCCUGCGAGCCCUGUCCCACGCAUCACCGCCCUGCAGCUGACGGGCGGAGGGGACGUGGCCAUGCUGGAGGUGCAGGGCGAGUAUUUCCACGGGCACCUGAAGGUCUGGUUCGGAGACGUGGAAGCGGAGACGAUGUACAGGAGCCCCAAAUCCCUGGUGUGUGUUGUCCCUGAUGUCUCUGCCUUUGGCAGUGACUGGAGGUGGCUGCGAUACCCCAUCACUGUCCCGCUCCUGCUGAUCAGGGAUGAUGGGCUCAUCUACUCCAGCUCGUUCACAUUCACCUACACCCCAGAGCAGAGCUUCCUCCCAGGGCAGCCGGUCCUCUCAGAUGCCCCACAGGACUCGGACAAGUUACUCGACAGUAUCCACCAGGAGUUCACCAGGACCAACUUCCACCUCUUCAUGCAGAGCUAG